CCCCUCGUUGUUUCUGAAUGGGCAGCAUUUGAGAAUCAUUGGUUUAUUGGGACUUCAUGGCGCUUGCACUUCUGACGGCUUUGCUUUUGGCGCCUGUCAGCGCUUGGCCAAGUGGGCAAAUACAGGUCAUUGCUGCCGGUGUCUCUCGCACGUCCACGCAGUCACUCUCGUUGGCGCUGACAAGGUUAGGCUACAAGACUCUCCAUGCUGAAGGAUUUCAUCCGAAGAUCCCGCUCUACAAGGAGGCGCCCGAAUUGGUGGACAUGGUGACAAAGGCAGCGUUGAAGUCCUUGCAAGCCGAGGACUUCAAUGUGCUGCUGCCUGUUUUAGCCCACAUCGAGCGACUGAACGUCACAGCUCUCGUGGAUAUCCCUUGGUCUGCUUAUGGUGUGGAGCUUCACGAGAAGUAUCCCAAUGCCAAGAUCAUUCUCACAGUCAGAGACAAGCAUUCUUGGUUCCAGAGUUACUGGGAACACUUUCGAUGGGGUGCGAUCUUGCCACCGCCACCAUUCCCAUCUUUUCCCAUCACGCAGCCAUUUCCACUGACUGUGCUUUACCAGCCCUUUGUGCAAUACUGGCGGCUGGUCUCCCAGAGGCUUCAGUGCACAGGAAUCACCAGUUUUCCGCCGCGGAUGCUUUCCAGGAAGGACAAGCAAGACUGCCUGGAUGGCUUUGAGAUGCAUAUUGAAAGGUUGAAAAACGCGGUGCCGCUGGAAUCCUUGUUGAUUUACAACAUUCGGGAAGGUUGGGAUCCACUUUGUCGUUUCCUUGGAGUACCUGUGCCAGAUUUUCCCUUUCCCCGGGAAGAUUCCUACAGCAUGAUCCACUGGAAAGUUGGUCCAGUGAUUUUUCUCGUAGUCGUCUACCUAUUCUAUGGCCUGGUGCUAUUGCUGCUCCACUUCAUUUUGACAUUCCAACUACGGAAGCUCUGGCGACAGAAAAGGGACUGAGGUGCCAGUGAACGCAAGAUGUCUGAUCUCUCUUAAUUCAAGGCCUUUGGGUACAUUUGUGGUAUGUACAGUGUGCACUUCCGACUCGCAUCCAUUUGUGUGCUUCCGAAUCUGCAAACUGGAAGGAGCGAGGUCGGGUGCGUGCCAUGGCGCGAAUUUGGAAGCUAGAGGCCUACUUUGGAGCUCGAAGACUCCAGUUAGUGCUCGGCUUUGCUGGACCAAUUAAAUACUGGACAGCGCAACCGACACCGGAAAGCUUGAAGGUUGUUGAAAGGCUUUGUAAACAAGCUGCUUGACACCAGGCAACUGAAAAACUAAUUCGAUGAACAUGCUGCCUCACAGGCAGAAUCGGAUGUCCUUCUGGUGAGCUGAAAGCAAGGUGAAGCAUCGAGCGGC